AUGACACACUUCGACAUCCCUGGAGAGCAGACACUCGUCGGCGGCCAAUGUAUUUCGAAGGACCCAUUCGGAAAAUGGCGCACCGUCAACAUACUUGCCGCGCGGGUUAGCGAAAAUGCGCCCAACACCGAGAUAUUCAUCCAUUUUCGUGGAUUCGAUAAGAAAUGGGACCGGUGGACCGAUAUUGGGCACGUGAGAAAAUUGCAGCUCCCACGGGACGCGUCUGAAAACGCAGAUGGCGAUGAGGAGAAAACGAGGCGCCUCCGACGCUUGGAGGACGAGCAACUUGAGGACAGCGACGAAGUCGAACUCAAAAUAAAAAACCAGCACGAGCAGAGAACCAAAAUCAAAAAUAUCACCCAUGUGCAAUUUGGUGAAUGGGAGCUGGAGACGUGGUAUUAUUCUCCGUACCCGGAACGGAUGCAGUUGGAUAAGCAAUUGUAUGUGUGCGACAUGUGUUUUUACUACACAAAUGAGCGCAAAAAUAUGAAAGCACAUUUGCACGGAUGUAACUUAUCCCAGCCGCCUGGCCGCCGAAUAUAUCUACAGCGAGGUGUCGCGAUUUAUGAGGUUAACGGCGGGUCUACCAAUGUUGAUGUGAAAACAUAUUCCCAAUGCCUGUGUCUCUUUUCAAAGCUGUUCAUGGACAACAAAACUAUCUAUUUCGACGUCGAGGAAUACUUUUUCUACGUCCUUUGCGAAAUGGAUAAGAACGGGUUCGCCAAGCCGGUCGGUUAUUUCUCGAAGCAGAAAAACGAGCCGCAUCACAACUUGUCUUGUCUGGUCGUCUUUCCGCCAUAUUCUAGACAAGGAUAUGGUUCGAUGUUGAUACAAUUGAGUUAUAUUUUGUCGCGACGGAACUGCUUGGUUGCCGGCCCGGAGAAGCCACUAUCAGAGUUAGGGACUGCCAGCUAUCAGCGCUAUUGGACUUGGGCUGUAGCCCGAGAAAUUGGCCGCCUCGAAAACAACGAAAUCAUCAACGUUGACGGCCUCAGCAAGCGAUUGGGGAUGAAUCUGGAGGAUGUCCAAGAUACCCUUGAACGUCUCCAACUCACCACUACGAAGGAGGGAACGUGCACCUUCACCUGGGCGAGGUUUGUCGAGCUGACCGGGCGAGUCGUCCGGCCGCCUAAACUUCAAAUCAACCCCCGCCACCUCGACGGGCUCGGACGAGCCCAAAAGCGGAAGCGAAAGAGGAUCGACUCUUUGCGUCGC